AUGUACAUUCCGCCAUCAGUGUUGGAAUCGGACACGAGUUCCGAUACUAUUGUUGAUGAACGACAAAAACUGUCGCUCAGAUGUCGGGCCAGCGGUUAUCCGACGCCUUCUGUCACGUGGAGAAGAGAGGACGGGAAGGACAUCAAUCAGGGUCUUUAUGGCGGCAAAAAAUUCUUCGCGGCAAAAGUUGACGGCGAAUAUUUGAAUAUAACUCAAGUGACCAGGGAGGAUAUGGGGGCCUAUCUGUGCAUCUCAUCAAAUGGUGUCCCUCCGAUUCGGCCCAAAAUAAAAGUACAAAACCAAUUAGUGGGCGCACCCGUCAGUACUGACGUUCAAUUAGAGUGUAGGUGUGAGGCAUCGCCCAAACCACUGACCUCUUGGAUUAGAAGUGAUGGAUGGUGUUUGGCUUCUCAAUCAAAUGUCUCAAAAAUUGGGGCUAAAUUGAUACCGAGUUUUGCUGAACCGAUGGCUAAUGUGUCGAUAUCGACGGGUCGUAACACAAUGCUUGAGUGCACUAUUGAUAAUUUGGCCGAAUAUAAGGUUGCCUGGCUCAAAAUGGACAAAAACUCUGAACCAACUCUAUUAACAAUUCAUACACAAAGUUUAAUACAAGACAAUAGAUUUCGUGUAUCGCAUAAUAAUCACAGGCAAUGGUAUCUCCAUAUAAAUAAUGUCCAAAUAUCGGACAAAGGCUUCUAUAUGUGCCAAAUAAAUGCCGAACAAAUGCAAUCCCAAGUGGGAUAUCUUGAUGUCCUAGUUCCGCCAUCAGUGUUGGAAUCGGACACGAGUUCCGAUACUAUUGUUGAUGAACGACAAAAACUGUCGCUCAGAUGUCGGGCCAGCGGUUAUCCGACGCCUUCUGUCACGUGGAGAAGAGAAGACGGGAAGGACAUCAAUCAGGGUCUUUAUGGCGGCAAAAAAUUCUUUGCGGCAAAAGUUGACGGAGAAUAUUUGAAUAUAACUCAAGUGACCAGGGAGGAUAUGGGAGCCUAUCUGUGCAUCUCAUCAAAUGGUGUCCCUCCGAGUGACUCUACUUUCUGGCGACUCGAUGUGUUGGCGCAGCUUUUUAGCGCCGAGCAGUCGCGAGAUUGUGGUGACAAUAACUUAGAGCGCGAUUUAGGCGCAGAGUUGUCACCGAAAUACUUACUUAUGGCCGUCAAGGCAAUCCUACGUCCCGCUGCCUUAUUAUGGAUCUCCCGAUCGGUCCCUGUCUACACGCCGCUUUCUGGAGUGGCGCUUCAAUCGUCUACACGACACAUUCAAACAAAUACUACACACAAAUUGAGUUACACUAUUCGACCCAAAAUAAAAGUACAAAACCAAUUAGUGGGCGCACCCGUCAGUACUGACGUUCAAUUAGAGUGUAGGUGUGAGGCAUCGCCCAAACCACUGACCUCUUGGAUUAGAAGUGAUGGA